AUGUCUACAAAGAAACUGGCGAAGUAAGUAACGUUAGCUAACUUUGUAGCUAAAAGAUAUCCAGACAGCCAGGCAUACUAGCCGAGAAACAAUGUAAUUCAAAUGCCGACUUGCCAUGAUUCUCAUGAAAAUAUAGUUUUUAGCGCUUCCAUGAACAUGAAAGUACAAAGAUUAAUAUUCACAGUAGCAGGGGGUGACAAAACUGAUGGGAUGAUGUCUUCCAUAACAAAACAGACAACUAGGGUUCGUGAGGAAACGCAGCCAGUCAUCAACUGGACAGAAGAAACUACUAACAUCUAGUAAGAGUCUUUUAAAACGCCCUACAUUUUUUGAUUUCUGCUUGAAUCAAUGGCAUCUCAUUCAACUUCCAUCACUUUUGACUUUCUACUUUCCAGAUCAAAUAUUCCCAUAUCUGAUUGUCAUUGACUUCGAAUCCACAUGUUGGAGAGCGAGGAACAGCUAUGGGCAGGAGAUUAGUAAGUAUACAGUACUUUGAUGACAAUAUUUGUGGUAAUAUCAUACCUACAUACUGAAACAUCACUCCUUUUUUUGGUCCCCUCUCUCCCCCUCCCACCUCCUACCUCUCUCCAUCUCCCCUCCCCAAAUCCCCUCCCCCAUCUAGUUGAGUUUCCUGCUGUUCUCCUGAACACCUCUACAGGUGAGGUGGAGUCAGAGUUCCAUACGUACGUUCAGCCGCAGGAGCACCCUAUACUGUCUGACUUCUGCACCGAGCUCACUGGAAUCACACAGGUAUACACACACACACACACAGAUGCACCCUCUCCAUGCAGACAUAUAUGCCCUUCUCCCCUGUGGCCAGGUCAACAGGAUGGUACAGUCAGAAUAUUUUAAGCAUUAGCAAACAUCUGUGUGUGUGUUUUUCUUCUGGUUUAAACCUGACAACAACAGUAUUUUUAGUGUUAGAAAACAUCCAUGUUUCUCUUCUCUUCUACAGGCCACUCCACAUCUGUCCCACUUCUCACACACACUCUCACACACACUGUUUAUUAUUAAUUUUGUUUCCAGCAACAGGUGGAGGCCGGGGUUCCCCUCCACAUCUGUCUGUCCCGGUUCUCCCGGUGGCUGUCGACUCUGGAGCACCAGAGGGGUGUGGUCUUCCCCAGGGACCAGAGGGCUCCAGCCGUGGAGCAGCGCCCCUGUGCCUUCGUCACCUGGUCAGGUAUAGUAGCUUAGAUAGGAAAGGUUACCCGGGUCACCUUCAAAUAGGAGGAAACGUUUUGAAAUUCUUAUUUCCCUCCUUUCCUCUGUAGGUCCAGUACUCAUAUCUGACCAAAAAAAACAAUCACAUUUUAUUUGUCACAUACACGUGUUUAGCAGAUGUUAUUGCGGGUGUAGCGAAAUGCUUGUGCUUCUAGCUCCGACAGUGUAGUAAUAUCUAACAAUUUCACAACAUAUACCCAAUACACACAAAUCUAGUAAGGAAUUUAAGAAUAUAUACAUAUAUGGACGAGCAAUGACAGAGCCGCAUGGACUAAGAUACAGUAGAAUAUUGUUGCCUUUCCAGUGUAUUCUUUGUUAAAAUUGAGAUAAAAUAAGGAAAUGUUCACACUUUAGUACAGUCUCAAACAUUUAAUGGGGAUAACCUUGUUCAACUGGAUUGGUUGGUUGAUUCUGUCUUCUAUUGUUCCAGACUGGGCCCUGGGGGUGUGUCUGCUGUAUGACUGAUGGAUGGAUUAUCUGUGUUCUAUUGUUCCAGACUGGGACCUGGGGGUGUGUCUGCUGUAUGACUGAUGGAUGGAUUAUCUGUGUUCUAUUGUUCCAGACUGGGACCUGGGGGUGUGUCUGCUGUAUGACUGAUGGAUGGAUUAUCUGUGUUCUAUUGUUCCAGACUGGGACCUGGGGGUGUGUCUGCUGUAUGACUGAUGGAUGGAUUAUCUGUGUUCUAUUGUUCCAGACUGGGACCUGGGGGUGUGUCUGCUGUAUGACUGAUGGAUGGAUUAUCUGUGUUCUAUUGUUCCAGACUGGGACCUGGCGGUGUGUCUGCUGUAUGACUGAUGGAUGGAUUAUCUGUGUUCUAUUGUUCCAGACUGGGACCUGGGGGUGUGUCUGCUGUAUGACUGAUGGAUGGAUUAUCUGUGUUCUAUUGUUCCAGACUGGGACCUGGGGGUGUGUCUGCUGUAUGACUGAUGGAUGGAUUAUCUGUGUUCUAUUGUUCCAGACUGGGACCUGGGGGUGUGUCUGCUGUAUGACUGAUGGAUGGAUUAUCUGUGUUCUAUUGUUCCAGACUGGGACCUGGGGGUGUGUCUGCUGUAUGACUGAUGGAUGGAUUAUCUGUGUUCUAUUGUUCCAGACUGGGACCUGGGGGUGUGUCUGCUGUAUGACUGAUGGAUGGAUUAUCUGUGUUCUAUUGUUCCAGACUGGGACCUGGCGGUGUGUCUGCUGUAUGACUGAUGGAUGGAUUAUCUGUGUUCUAUUGUUCCAGACUGGGACCUGGCGGUGUGUCUGCUGUAUGACUGAUGGAUGGAUUAUCUGUGUUCUAUUUUCCAGACUGCGGUGUAACUGUGUACUAGAGAUCCUGGUUCGAAUCCGGCUCUGUGCCGCGGGACCGGGGGUGGUCUGCAUGGGGGAAUGGACUUAUCGUGUUCUAGUCCGAGGGGACUGGGGGUGGUCUGCUGAGGAUGACUGGAUGGAUAGACUGGUCUUUGCAACGCCAGGGCUGGGUGUGUCGGUAUGACAGGAGGGAACGUUUAUAUGUUAAUGGACUGGUGUGCUCUGGUAUGAUGAUGAUGGUUUCUGUGUUCUAUUGUCCAGACUGGGACCUGGGGGAUGUGUCUGCUGUAUGACUGAUGGAUGGAUUAUCUGUGUUCUAUUGUUCCCGACUGGGACCUGGGGGUGUGUCUGCUGUAUGACUGAUGGAUGGAUUAUCUGUGUUCUAUUGUUCCAGACUGGGACCUGGGGGUGUGUCUGCUGUAUGAUGAUGGAUGGAUUAUCUGUGUUCUAUUGUUCCAGACUGGGACCUGGGGGUGUGUCUGCUGUAUGACUGAUGGAUGGAUUAUCUGUGUUCUAUUGUUCCAGACUGGGACCUGGGGGUGUGUCUGCUGUAUGACUGAUGGAUGGAUUAUCUGUGUUCUAUUGUUCCAGACUGGGACCUGGGGGUGUGUCUGCUGUAUGAUGAUGGAUGGAUUAUCUGUGUUCUAUUGUUCCAGACUGGGACCUGGGGUGUGUCUGCUGUAUGACUGAUGGAUGGAUUAUCUGUGUUCUAUUGUUCCAGACUGGGACCUGGGGGUGUGUCUGCUGUAUGACUGAUGGAUGGAUUAUCUGUGUUCUAUUGUUCCAGACUGGGACCUGGGGGUGUGUCUGCUGUAUGACUGAUGGAUGGAUUAUCUGUGUUCUAUUGUUCCAGACUGGGACCUGGGGGUGUGUCUGCUGUAUGAUGAUGGAUGGAUUAUCUGUGUUCUAUUGUUCCAGACUGGGACCUGGGGGUGUGUCUGCUGUAUGAUGAUGGAUGGAUUAUCUGUGUUCUAUUGUUCCAGACUGGGACCUGGGGGUGUGUCUGUGUUCUAUUGUUCCAGACUGGGACCUGGGGGUGUGUCUGCUGUAUGACGAUGAUGGAUUAUCUGUGUUCUAUUGUUCCAGACUGGGACCUGGGGGUGUGUCUGCUGUAUGACUGAUGGAUGGAUUAUCUGUGUUCUAUUGUUCCAGACUGGGACCUGGGGGUGGUGUCUGCUGUAUGACUGAUGAUGGAUUCAUCUGUGUUCUAUUGUUCCAGACUGGGACCCUGGGGGUGUGUCUGCUGUAUGACUGAUGGAUGGAUUUAUUCGUGUGUUCUAUUGGUUCCAGACUGGGACCUGGGGGGUGUGUCUGCUUGUAUGACUGAUGGAUGGAUUAUCUGUGUUCUAUUGUUCCAGACUGGGACCUGGGGGUGUGUCUGCUGUAUGACUGAUGGAUGGAUUAUCUGUGUUCUAUUGUUCCAGACUGGGACCUGGGGGUGUGUCUGCUGUAUGACUGAUGGAUGGAUUAUCUGUGUUCUAUUGUUCCAGACUGGGACCUGGGGGUGUGUCUGCUGUAUGACUGAUGGAUGGAUUAUCUGUGUUCAUUGUUCCAGACUGGGACCUGGGGGUGUGUCUGCUGUAUGACUGAUGGAUGGAUUAUCUGUGUUCUAUUGUUCCAGACUGGGACCUGGGGGUGUGUCUGCUGUAUGACUGAUGGAUGGAUUAUCUGUGUUCUAUUGUUCCAGACUGGGACCUGGGGGUGUGUCUGCUGUAUGACUGAUGGAUGGAUUAUCUGUGUUCUAUUGUUCCAGACUGGGACCUGGGGGGUGUGUCUGCUGUAUGACUGAUGGAUGGAUUAUCUGUGUUCUAUUGUUCCAGACUGGGACCUGGGGGUGUGUCUGCUGUAUGACUGAUGGAUGGAUUAUCUGUGUUCUAUUGUUCCAGACUGGGACCUGGGGGUGUGUCUGCUGUAUGACUGAUGGAUGGAUUAUCUGUGUUCUAUUGUUCCAGACUGGGACCUGGGGGUGUGUCUGCUGUAUGACUGAUGGAUGGAUUAUCUGUGUUCUAUUGUUCCAGACUGGGACCUGGGGUGUGUCUGCUGUAUGACUGAUGGAUGGUUAUCUGUGUUCUAUUGUUCCAGACUGGGACCUGGGGGUUGUGUCUGCUGUAUGACUGAUGGAUGGAUUAUCUGUGUUCUAUUGUUCCAGACUGGGACCUGGGGGUGUGUCUGCUGUAUGAACUGAUGGAUGGAUUAUCUGUGUUCUAUUGUUCCAGACUGGGACCUGGGGGUGUGUCUGCUGUAUGACUGAUGGAUGGAUUAUCUGUGUUCUAUUGUUCCAGACUGGGACCUGGGGGUGUGUCUGCUGUAUGAACUGAUGGAUGGAUUAUCUGUGUUCUAUUGUUCCAGACUGGGACCUGGGGGUUGUGUCUGCUGUAUGACUGAUGGAUGGAUUAUCUGUGUUCUAUUGUUCCAAACUGGGACCUGGGGGUGUGUCUGCUGUAUGACUGAUGGAUGGAUUAUCUGUGUUCUAUUGUUCCAGACUGGGACCUGGGGGUGUGUCUGCUGUAUGAGUGUAAACGGAAGCAGCUCCACAAACCUGAUGUUCUGAACAGCUGGAUAGACCUGAGAGCUACGUACAGGGUAGGUGUUGUGUGUUGGUGUUGGUGUUGGUGUUGUGUGUUGGUGUUGGUGUUGUGUGUGUGUGUAUGUUAAUGGUAUCCCAGUCUAACUCAUGUGUCUGUCUCAGCUGUUCUACAACAGAAAACCCAAGGGACUGAAUGGAGCUUUACAGGAUCUGGGGAUUCAGUUCUCUGGACGGGAGCACUCAGGUACAAACAAACACACACACAAACCAAAGGCAUAUCUCUAAUUGCAUUUAUAGUGCUGAGCGAUUAACAGAAAUGUUGGUUAUUUUGCUGUUUUUAAGCAACUAAUUGACCAACGUCGGUUCAAUUAUUAGAAUUCCAUUUAGUUCAUUUUUUCCCUUCUGUGAGCUCAAUGCGCACGUUGCAGUUCAAAUGCAAUAAAUCGGAUCCAGCCUAAACUGUGCAAUGUAGUAGGGAGUUGUAGUUUCCAACAGGCCAGUAAUCUACAUAGUUUAGCGCAUAAAAUAUGGUAAAUAACUACAAUAACCAUAGUCCAUUGCUCAUCUACUUGUCCAGUCUGUGUUUAUUUUAUGCCCUGCUACGGAAGAGGCAGAAGAGCACAGCUGUUGCUUCGUGAGGUUUCUCUACCUGAAAAUACAUGAUCUAAGUGAUUGAUAGUCGGUGUUCAGCAGUCAUAAAAGUCUGCCUUAUUUACUUUGAAGAACUACUAAAAUAGUGAUUUUGUCAGACAGCAGCUCUAUAGAGAUGAGAUGAUGACUUGGAAUGAAAUGAUAGUCAUCAAAUAAAACUAAUGUAAUAAACACAACGACUGAAAUAUUUUAUUAAAGUAAUGUGAAUAAAUGGUUAAUAAGUGAUAAGCAGUAAUGGUCAGUCACUACCAUCAUGGGACUUUUCUUAAUAGUUUUAUUCUGUUGUUACAGCAUUCAACCCAAAUAAUCGAAAACCGUGAUUAUUUUUUAUAAUCGAACCGAAACCGAACCAUCCUCAAAAAGCACUAAUCGCUUAGCACUAGUCAUUUAAUAACAUUAUGAUCAAAACAUACACACAAGACUCCAGUCAUCCUUGUCAGUUACUGUGAAUAAUAAAAAAAUAUUGUUUGAAGGUGUGGACGACGACCAUAACACAGUUACAAUGAAUAACAUUAAUAUAAAACAACAUUAAUAUUUAUCUUCAGCAUUUUUGAAAAUCUAGGCACAGAAAUAGUUGUUGAAUGUUAUUUGCAGGUCUGGACGACGCCCGCAACACGGCCCACCUGGCCUGGAGAAUGAUGAGGGAUGGCUGUGUGAUGAAGAUUACGCGCCGUCUGGAGCGGGUGAGUGGCUUCCUGACCAACCCCCAGUUCUAACGACCCCACCGUGCUGACGACCCCCGGCCUACUGUACUACGCCCCUAAAGACUAACACAGGGGCGACCUACAUCGAACCCUUGGAUUUCUGUCAACGCCCCAGAAUACCCACUCCUCCUCCCGUAAAGACUCAUGCAGGUGACUCUCCCCCGUUCCAUACACACCUGGGUCGUAUACAUUAGUGCAAAUGUAAAAGGUUUUGCAAUGAACAUUCGUUUCUUAUUGGAGUUCAGGAAGUCACUCCUUGUUUCGGGUCAGUUUUCUUCCAAUUGGUUUCUAGUGAAUAUGACUCGUCUCCUCUGUUUACUAGACUGACUAUCAAUAAAGUUUGUCCAAAAUGUUUUGACUUGGGCUUCCCGAGUGGCGCAGCGGUCUAAGGCACUGCAUCGCAGUGCUAGAGGCGUCACUACAGACUUGGGUUCGAUCCCAGGCUGUAUCACAACCAGCCGUGAUCGGGAGUCCCAUAAGGCAGCGCACAAUUGGCCCAGGGUCGUACGGGUUAGGGGAGGGUUUGGCCGGGGCUUUACUUGGCUCAUUGCGCUCUAGCGACUCCUUGUGGCGGGCCGGGCGCCUGCAGGCUGACCUUGGUCAUCAGUUGAACAGUGUUUCCUCCGACACAUUGGUGCGGCUGGCUUCCAGGUUAACCGGGCGGGUGUUAAGAAGCGCAGUUUGGCGGGUCAUGUUUCGGAGGACUCAUGACUCAACCUCCCGAGCCCGUUGGGGAGUUGCAGCGAUGAGAUAAGAUAGAAAAAGGGGGUCAAAAAAAUACAACAACAAAAAUGUAUUGAUUUAUUUUAUUUGUUUACCUCUUAGGCGCCUUUGAAAACCAAACCCCUGUUUGGAAAUGGGAACGCGCCAGGGAAUGGUUGUCCUGGCAACAAGAGGGAUAACAACACCUCUGUCAAAAAACCCUCCAAGACGACAGAGAUCGGCGGCCAUCUGGAAAAUCAUCCCAACAGCAAGCCAGUUAGCAACACAGACGUUGUUGAAACACGACCCAAGCCUUCAGACAACAUGGUUCCCAACACAGAGGUGAAUUCCAACUUAACCGCUGAACCUGUUCAGUAUCAGAGUAUUGUUUCACCAAAGACCCUUCUAAAUGGCCUGACCACUCCAAUGUGUGGUAGUAGCAGCAGAACAGUUCGAAUAGGAACGAUACGGUCCGUCUCCUCUCCUAUGACUUUCAAUAUCCCCUCUCCUCACCACAACAUCAACAGCCUCGUUCUGGUCUCCACCACUGUGAAUUGCAAUACAUAUCUACCCCAGCCAGACCCGACCCUUGACCCGGAAACAGGAAGCAUGGAGGAGGAAGUGCCCAUCUUGGUGGAAACGGAGUCGUGCGGUUCGUAUGACGACGUGGCGUUGGAGGAGGACUGGGAUGUCAUGGUUGGUGACGAGGCUUCUGUUGCUGACGUGUACACAGAGAACGAGAGGUUUGAGGUGGACGAUACCUCGGUCUAUGGGAGGACCUUGCUGUGUCCGAGCCCAGUACAUUCAAAUCCUGGUAGAGGUCCAACCAACAGUGGGCCUAGUUCCAAGACCACCAACACACCCUGCCAACAUCUGACCAGCCUGGUACACAACACCGAUACCACAACAUCCUCCAGUAGCUCGGUGUCUUUGAAAGCUAAGACAACGAGGACCCACAACACCUCUGCACCCAAUAGUUUGUCCAGUUUUUCUUUUGCCAAACCCAGACCGGUUACCCAUGGCUCAAACCUCUCAGAUACGCGGUCAAGACUGAACACGGAAACGUCAAAAAAGUCCUUUGUGAUCUACAAGGACGAAUUAAGAACAUCCUCCAGUUCUGCAAAAACUGAGACGACAAGGAUCUACAACACCUCUGGGUCCAAUAGUUCAUGCAGUUCCUCCUUUAACAAACCCAGACCUGUUACCCAUGAUUCCAACCGCUCAGAUACACGGUCAAGACUGCAAAAGGCAACAUCAAACAACUCCUUUGUGAUCUACAAGGACAAGCCAAGAGCCUCAAAUACCUCUUCUACAUCCAGCAUUUAUAUCACAUCCAAUACCUCAACAGCAUCCCAUCCUUCCUUUGCCAAACCCAGAACAGUCAUCCAGAACUCCAACCUCCAUGCUACACGGUCAAGACCGCUCACAACAAAAAACCCUGCUGACACCUUCACAUCCAAGUCCUCUACUACAACCCUUCCCAAUCCUUCCUUCACUAGACCCAAACCAGUUACCACCAGCAGUGACUCUAACCUCUCUGCUUCACACACGCAGACACCAAACGGCUCUGCAUCCAAUCCUUCCUUUGCCAGGCCCAGACCUGUCGUCCAUAACCCUAACCCAUCGACCUCACGUUCAAGGCUGCACACAGAGACGCCAAACGCAUCUUUCACGAUCCACAAGGCCUCCUCUUGCCUUUCCUCCUCAGUCUCUCGUCCUUCUGUCGGUGGAUCGUUCUCCAUCCUCUCCUCGUCCGUUAACCGGUCCUCGUUCCCGCUGACCCGCAGCACCAAGAUCACGGCCCCGCUGUGCGACUGCGGGCGGCGAGCCAAGCGUCUAACGGUGUGUAACGGAGGUCCGAACCACGGCCGAGCGUUCUACUGCUGUGCGGUGCGUAAACCCGGCCCCGGGGGGACCAGGAAGGGAUGUGAGUUCUUUAAGUGGGAGUCUGCUCUCCUCCAGGCUAAGUCACCAGCCUCCGCUGCCGCCUCCAUCGCUCUGUGUUUUGGUCUCAACUCCAGUGUUGUUCGUCCCCUGUCAUCAUCUAGGACGAGCUAUUAG